ACCAUUAAACACCAGUGGUUUGGGUCAGAUCGAUGAAAGACAUUGGACUACACCACAUUACUAUAUACAAUUUACAGCAUUUCCCGGAUAUAAAACGUAUAGGCCUCUACUUACGAGUGGUAUCAUAUUAAUCGGCGCCACAGUGAAGCACAGCUUAAUAGACGUGCGUGCUACACUAUGGGCUGUGGUUCUUCCAAAUCGCUGGACGUACCAUCAGGCCCAUCAGAUUACAAAUACAUGGUCCAAAAGACGUGGGACCGGGUGCAAGGAACCGUCGACAGCAAAAUGAACGGCGACAAACGAAAGCUGGUGGUCAAACGAUCGGGAUGGAAAACGGUCAGAAUAUUUGUAUCGUCCACCUUCAAGGAUUUCCAUGCAGAGCGAGAAGUUCUCGUGAAAGAGGUUUUUCCUGACUUGAGAACUUGGUGUGAAAAGAGGAGAAUUCAUCUGGUGGACUGUGAUUUAAGAUGGGGUGUUCCAAAAGACACAACUUCAGAGGAAACACUGAGGACAUGCCUUGGAGAGAUAGACAGAUGCUACCAGGAUAACAUCAUGCCCUUCUUCCUCAAUCUUACAAGCGAGCGUUGUGGCUGGAUACCCACAGCUCAGGAUGUACCGGAGGCACUGUCAAGGGAAUACCGCUGGGUACAUGGUCUCUCAGUAACAGAGAUGGAGAUCCUCCACGGAGCAUACAGGAUAGACAACCCUAAUUCCCUCUUCAUGAUCAGAGACACCAAAUUCUUGAAGACACUGCCAGCUGAAUUCAGGGAUGAGUUUGUUGACCCUAACCCCAUUGCCCCUCACAAGAUGGAGGUCCUUAAACAAAUGCUCAAGAACAGACUCGGAUCACGUGUAAACUGGUAUGAUGUGGAAUAUGCCGGGGUCGAUGACGACGGAAAGGUGGAACUGAACGGGCUCCAAGAGAACUUCGCAAAGAUUGUGUAUGACUUUUACCAUAAACGAAUUGAAGAGCAGUAUCCUCUUCUUGAGACCAAUCUGGAUCCCUACCAAUCAACCAAAGAAGCUCAUGAAUCAUUCCUGAAGAGCCGCGGGGGCUCGGUGCUGGGUAGGAACGAGAUCCUGGAACAGAUCCAGGCCUACGUGACGAGCGUGGGAGACAGCAGAGCCCUGGUGAUGAGCGGAGGGGCAGGCUGCGGCAAGUCGUCCAUCAUGGCUCGUACUGCAGACGUAGCACAGACCAUGGCCUUAAACAAACGCAUCCCAGGUGGAGGGGAAACUGGUUGGCAUGUCUUCUACCAUUUUGUUGGAGCUAUCCCAGGAUCCACAUCCCUGGAGCUGUGUCUCAAACGACUUCUCAAGGAGCUCAAAGCUUUCAAUGAAGCCACCAUGCCCAAGAAUCUGGAGGCUUGCUGUCAGCUGGCUUGUGGAGUGUUGUCAAACCCGAAGACACAACCUAUCAUCGUCAUCAUUGAUGCACUUAAUCAGUUUGAUGAUGAUAAAACCACGUCUGUCCUUAGCUGGCUCCCCAGGAAGCUAGCCCCUCAGGUCCGGGUCAUCCUGGCUAUGAUCGACGAUACACCACCUCACAAGGAGCUCCACGAGAGGGCCAUCAAACCUGAGGAGAUCAUCGUCACACCCCUUGAUAUGUCGGCCAGACAGCAAAUUGUAACCGAGAUGCUGGGCAAGUACAACAAGAAGUUAGGAGAGGAUCAGAUGGCCAGCCUCCUGUCCAAGGAAUCGUCCCAGAACCCUCUCUGGCUGUCCGUGGCGUGCGAAGAGCUCCGAGUCUUUGGUCUGUUUGCCAAGGUGACGGACAAGAUCAACAGUCUGGCCGAUGGCCUCCUAGAGUUGCUGGAGCAGGUGUUCACCCGCUUUGAGGAGGAGAAUGGAGGCAUGCUCCUGGUGGCUACCCUGUGCCUCCUGGAGUGCUCCGCUACAGGUCUCCUGGAGACGGAGCUUCUCCUGGUCCUGGGAGACGAGGAUAACCUCAUGCCUGCGGACAAGGACGAAGACAACAGCAAAGAUCGUGGAGAGAAAGAGAAGGGUAACAAGGAUGCCUCUCCCCUUCCCGCGAUGAAGUGGGCCGUGGUGUACCGGGCCCUCAAGCCGUUCAUCAGGCCGUUCGGAGACAGCGGAGAAGGCAGGCUGGACUUCUACCACAGAGCACUCAGCAAAGCAGUCAGGAAGAAGUACUUUGACAACACAACAGCCAAUCGAGUGUGUGACAGAUCAUGGUGGCACAAGAGACUUGCGGACUUCUUCACAGACGUCAAGUCUGUGGAUAGGAAGGUGGAGGAACUGCCCAUCCAUCUGCUGGCCAUCAGAGACCUGGACAGACUGCAGAAGUUCUUGACGGACUGGUCGGUCUUUGACAGUCUCUACAAUGAGGACUACAGCACGGUACUGCUGAAAUACUGGAGAGAGGGUUUUGGCGCAGACUGGCAGGACAAGAUACUAGCGACGUACAAGGAAUCGAUGCAGAAGUUUGCCGAUGAGCAUGAAUCCAAGGAGGAUAUUGCCAGGAGAUAUGAGCAAGUUUCCAGAGUCAUCAACCAGUCGGGCAAGCACAUGGAAGCCUAUGCUCUGCUUGAGAAGGCCAUGGAGAUAGAGCUGUCCGAGCUGGGAGCCAGACCUGAGCGUAUGGUGGAGCUAUACCAUCUGGCGUGUAUAGUCUAUGAUGAGAAACUGAAGCUGUACGAGUAUGUUGAUCCUAUUCAGCUGAAGGAGCUCAGACCGGCGAUCAACUUUGCUCGCAAGUCUAUCGCUAUCAGGGAGACACUGGAAGGAGAGGUUCACAAGUACAAGCAUGGCCGUACACUGAUCCAGCUGGCUUUCAACCUCCAAGCCUGGAUGGAGUGUGGUGGGGACAACACCCUGAGCGAAGCAGAAGCUCUCGCAGAGGCCAAGGUCAACAUCGAGAAGGCAAUGGACAUCUUCAAGAAGCUUGGUUCCGACGGUCAUCUUGCCGAUGCGACGAUGACCAAAGGAGUCCUGGAGGAGAGAGGCUGUCAAGGACAAGUGGAUCUCUACAUGGAAGCCUUGGACCUGUGUCUUCAGGCGUACGGUGAGUUCUGCGUCCUGACGAGUCGACUCUACCUCAACAUAGGCAUCAUGUAUGAAGAUAGACGGGACUACAAGGAAGCUUAUCACUGGUUCAUCAAGUGGCAGGAUGUCUGCGAAGAGGUGUUUGGGUAUCACCACCCGCGUACGGCGCGUUGUCGCAGCUGCCUGAAGGAGGCCCGAUACGUCUUCGUAGCGAGACAGGUCGAAGCGGAGAGGGCCAAGAACCAGAGGAACGCUGAACAGGGCAAUGAAGCCGCCGAGGAUCGAGGACUCAUCAUAGACGAUGAGUGAUGAUGAAGAUUGGUGAUUUCUGCUCUUAAACAUCAUGGCAAACAGUACUCCUAAGGGAAUAGAGUGCUUUCGCAAAGAUGACGGAAGCAAAGUCGAUGGGAGAAUUACGGCGAUACAGCUCUUCCGUCGUGUUUAGGGAACGAACGCUAUCAUGGCUGCGUACGGUCGUGAAAAUGAACAAGAAGGAGAAAAUUCUGGUUCGCGUAUGCGCAGAUUGUUUUUCGCGCGCGUUAAUGUUGUCUUUGCCUUCCGUCGUGUUUGCGAAAGUACCCUAAUGACCAGUUGUAUGACGUAUGCUGCUUUGGCAAUUUCUCUGUGGUAAUGUUGUAUACAAAGAGAAUCUUUAUUCCUAGAGCCAACACUACACCUAAACCAGAGGUCCCUUAAAUAUAUUGAAAAUUCCCUCAAGUUUUAUUACAGGGUUCUGCUUGAGUAAUGAUGCGUCAUUGAUGACCCUUAUCACUUUAUUAUUCACUAAUGAUGUAAUGUCUAAGACCAUAGUCUAUUUUACGAACACUUCACAAAGUGCAUUUCCCAAGAAAUAUGGUAAUUUAUUUCUAGAGAUAAAUGGAAAGGUUUUAAAUCACAUUAAUACACUGCUCUUCUGGCAAUACAGUACAUUUUGUAAUUUCCUCUGUUUUGAAAGAAUGGGUGAUUAUGUUUUAGAAAAUGAUUGAUAUCAUAUUGCUGUUGAAUGGAAAGAACAUGUUGUAUAUUUAACACUGAAAGUUGGUUUUUCAGUCCCCCUUUUACAUUUUAUUUGGCUCUUUGAUAAUUUUUCACUUUCCUACAAUUAUUAUUAUGAGAGGUUUUUUUUAAAUCAUCCCCAGUGUAGAAUGGGUGACACUGGUUUUAGCCAAAGGAUUUAAAGACCCAUAGUCACUGUUCUCAUGGGGUAUUUAACACCAUUCGGGUGUUAACCCAUUAAUAGUUUUUUACAUAUCAAUCACUCAAAAGUCGUCAGUAUUUACGAUCGACUGGUCUCAAGGAUUGUUCUGCGCCCUCCCUAUAAGAAAUCUAAUCAUUGUAACUUUCCUUCACCGUCGAGAUUCGAAGGCAAGGUGAAAUGCUUUCUCGGUGGGUCACAGUUCAGCUCCCCAGGAGACCUGUAUACGUACAUUAAUCGGUCAUGUCGGUAUAAAUUCAACCACGUUUGGUGUUGGUGAAUACACGUGGAAACAGGGGACUGUGUGGCUUUAAGAAGAAUAGCUUGAAGUUAACAACUCAGGAAACAGGGUGUAAUUGUGUUUAGAAUCUAGGGCAUGAAUGUGUAGCCUGUUAAUCAAUGCAAAUGACAAAUUAUAUUGCAUUUGGCUGUUACAUUUUUUAUUUGAUGGUAGAAUAUUUAUAUGAAAUGUGAUAAAGAAAUGCAGUACAUGUGUUUUUCAAGGAAUUCAUGAUAACAAGCCGAACGUACAUGUUCACAUAUUUUUGACUCUCCUGAAUAUAGAUGUUCAGGCUGCUAUCAAUGAUAUUAAUUCUCUGUGUAAAAUAGUACUGCCUUCUUAUCAGCUAAAUGUCAGGUUGAGUAUUAGCUUUUUUGGUUAUCAUUAUUUGUUUCUUUUUCUUAUUUUCUCCUAAC